ACCAAGAAACCAACUAAAGGCAAAGGUAAAAAGCAGGAAGCUGAUGAAUUAACUGGUGAUGCUUCAGUUGAAGAUGAUUCGUUUGUCAAGGAAAGUGAAUUGGAGACUCAAGAUGCAAGUGAUCAAGACGGAAAUGAUGAAUUAAAGGACUUCAAAGAAUCUGUUGAUGAUGAGAACUUGAAUUCUAAAGAACUACUAUCUGCAGAAAAGAAAAGAUACCAUGACCUGGAGCCAGCAGAGACAACAGAAGAUGCAGAAAAGGAUUCUGAAAGUCAGGAAAAUGAAGGUCAAGAUGUAGAAGAUUACACUUUUCCAACUGUCCAUGAUGGUGAAGAUGAAGAAAAUGAGAAAGAUAAAGCAGGUUCUGGUGAUGGUACACAAGAAGUAUCUAAACCUCUUCCUUCAGAAGAAAGCCUAGCUGAGGCUGAUCACACGGCUCAUGAAGAGAUGGAAGCUAACACCUCUGUGAAAGAAGCUGAGGAUGAUAACAUAUCGGUUACAAUCCAGGCUGAAGAUGCCAUCACUCUGGAUUUUGAUGGUGAUGACCUCCUAGAAACAGGUAAAAAUGUGAAAAUUACAGAUUCUGAAGCAAGUAAGCCAAAGGAUGGGCAGGAUACCAUUUCACAGAGCCUGGAGAAGGAAAGCAAGGACUAUGAGAUGACUGAGAACCAUAAAGAUGGUAAGAAGGAAGACUGCGUGAAGGGUGAUCCCGUCAAGAAGGAAGCCAGAGAAAGUUCAAAGAAAGCAGAAUCUGGAGACAAAGAAAAGGAUACUUUGAAGAAAGGUCCCUCGUCUACUGGGGCCUCUGGUCAAGCAAAGAGCUCUACUAAGGAAUCUAAGGAAAGCAAGACAACGUCAAAGGAUGAUAAAGGAAGUACAAGCAGUGUUAGUGGUAGCAGUGGAAGUUCAACUAGAAACCUGUGGGUUAGCGGACUGUCUUCCAACACAAAAGCUGCCGACUUGAAAAAUCUCUUUGGCAAAUAUGGAAAGGUACUUGGUGCAAAGGUGGUCACAAAUGCACGAAGCCCAGGGGCAAAAUGUUAUGGCAUAGUAACAAUGUCUUCUAGUACAGAAGUGGCUAGAUGUAUUGCACACCUCCAUCGAACAGAGCUGCAUGGACAACAGAUUUCUGUUGAGAAAGUGAAAGGUGAUCCCUCCAAAAAGGAGUUGAAAAAGGAGAGUGAUGAGAAAUCUGGUUCGGGUAGAAGCAUGGGAGAUAAGAAGACCACAUCAAGUGAUAAAGCCAGCAAAACUCCAUCAACCAAAAAAGAAGAAAAGAAAUCUGAGAAAUCUGAAAAAAAAGAAAGUAAAGAAGCCAAGAAAACAGAAGGUGGUAAAAGCCCAGGUCAAGUUGUAGUUUUAGACCAAACAAAAGGAGACCAAGGCCACACUAGGACAGUUAGAAGGGGAAGGUUUGAUAAACCACCGAUAUUGAGGAACAAAGAGCGUAUUAUUCAAGAUAAAGUGAAAUUCAGGGAAUACAGGGGUAGAAAGGAUAUCUUGCCUUUUGAAAAGAUGAAGGAACAGAGAUUGCGAGAACACAUGGUUCGAUUGGAAAGAAUACGACGAGCUGUUGAACUCCGAAGGAGAAGAGAAAUUGCUGAGAGGGAGCGUCGUGAGCGAGAACGCAUACGAAUAAUGCACGAGCGGGAAGAAUGCUUGCAGAGAGAAAGGGAACGACUGGAAAUUGAAAGGCAAAAACUAGAGAGGGAAAGGAUGGAACGGGAGCGUUUGGAAAGAGAACGUGUUCGUAUUGAACAGGAACGUCGAAAGGAAGCCGAGCGCAUUGCUCGGGAAAGGGAGGAACUUCGGCGGCAGCAGCAGCAGCUUCGUUAUGAGCAGGAAAAGAGGAAUUCUUUGAAACGUCCACGUGAUGUAGAUCACAGGAGAGAUGAUCCUUACUGGAAUGAGAAUAAGAAGAUGGCUCUUGAUACAGAUGCACGUUUUAGUCACAGUUCAGAUUACAGUCGCCAGCAGAACAGGUUUAAUGACUUUGAUCACAGAGAACGGGGACGAUAUCCAGAAGGUUCUUCUGUUCCAUCAUCAUCUUUUGAUAGGCGAGAACGUUUCGUAAAUCAAGGUGAAGCAAAAAAGACUCGCCCAACAGCACGAAGAGAAGAGCCCGGGUUUGAGAGAUACCCCAAGAACUUCAGUGAGUCCAGAAGAAAUGAACCACCACAGCCCAGAAGUGAACUUCGAGAUUCAGACAGGCGAGAAGUGCGAGGAGACAGAGAUGAAAGAAGAACAGUGAUAAUUCACGACAGACCUGAAAUACCACAUGGUCGACAUCCCAGAGAGACCGGUUCAAAUCCGCCAAGGCAAACAAACUGGAAGGGCGAGGGAAGCAUAAGCACGGACAAACGGGACGGCAGCAAUUUUUACAGAGGUGAGAGGCCAGAUCGAUCAGGAAGAGAAGUGUCUGGACACGUGAGAGGGGCCCCCCCUGGCAGCCGCAGCAGUGCUUCUGGCUAUGGGAGCAGGGAAGGAGAACGAGGCGUGAUGGGAGAACGAGGUGGAGGACAGCACUACGAGGACAGACAUGUCGUGGAACGCCACAGCCGUGAAACUGGACCAAGAAAAGAAUGGCAUGGACCUAGUUCUCAAGGAAGUGGCUAUCAUGACACCAGGAGAAUGGGGGAUGGCCGUGGAGGAGGUGGCAUGAUGUCUCCACAUACAAGUAACUCUUCACCAAUUAAUAGAGUUGUACAGAUCACAGGCAAUUCCAUGCAGAGGGGAAGCGGCUCAGGAUUUAAGCCCUUUAAAGGUGGACCUCCACGAAGAUUCUAAGAUCUACAGCUGCUUGGUUUCAAGAUAACUUAUUGAAAUCUCUUGUAAACUUUCUCUGAUUAAAAACAGGAAAUCUUGUCUGGAAGUCCUGGUUAAAUUUUUUUAAUUUAACAUGAUUACUUUCCUCUCAAUUUUGGAGGCAUUUUAAUAGUUACGUUGUAAUUUUCGAUAGUUUUUGUGUAUCUUUGAUAAGCAUUUUCCCUGAGGCACUAGAGCUGUGUAAAAACGAAUUGGAACCAAAAUAUUUGUUAAUCCUGUAUAAAAUAAUAGUUUGCAGCUGUGUGCUAGUAGUUUAAUUUACCAACAUUAGCUCUGUGGUGUCAUGCUUUAAAGUUAGCUACUUAUCACAACAUACACAACUAUAACCUCCAUUUUGAAGGUUGUCCAGGCUAUUAUCUCUGCUUUCUAAUUUGUAGAGAAAUAAGAUUGUUCUUUCAUUACUGGGUAUUAUGUAACCUAUUUUUGCAGAAGGUACUGUUACAUUGAGUGCAUUUAUGUGUAUUCUUGCAAAUGUAUUCUUUUGAAAUAAACCUUCAUAUUCUG